GCCCUGUCAUUCUUAGCUACAGUAUAAGUGGGUGUGAAGAAGAAGGAUAACAACAACAAGUCAAAGUGUUUGGCUUUGAGAGCAAUGACUAACCGAGAAUGGAUUAGGAUUUUUCAGUCAAAGGUCAAUAAUCUGAAGAGGAAUAAGGGAGACCGCUGGCGUAUCGAGUUUGAUGAAUCCAUUAAGGCAGACAGUGUGCAAUCAGGCUGGCAUCAGUACAUCAGUGGGGCAUUUGGAAGGUUCACGUGCUCCAAGUGUAACAGGAGUUGGUCCUCUGGCCGGGUGAAUGUGGUGUUUCACAUGCAUCUAUCGUCAGGGCAGGGAAUGGUGAAAGUGCGACGCUUGCGUCAGGAAUGCAGGCAAUGUGACGACGCUCUUAUGGAGGAGGUCAGUUUCGAUGAGGAGAAACUCGAAGUCCUACUGGAGAAACUGAUGGAGAAGAUUCGUAUCAAGUGCUACCGCGAGAACCUGGGCAAGAGAAACAGAUCUCAUUUCGAUGACGAAGACGAUGAAGGUCCCCCCCAUGAGAGUGCCCAUUGUGAAGCCUGCAGUAUGGGCCUUUGCACAAAGCGUUUCAAAGCCCGGUAGAAUAUGGUAGAAUUAGACUGGUAUACGCCCUAAUACGCUUUUGAUAAUAUUUCUCUUUGUUUACUUGUCUAUAUCUAGUGGUCAUUGGGUACACCCUAAUGUCUGAUUGCUAAAGCUAUUUGUUGAUUAAAUAAAUGCAAUGAGACACUGGUGGAACUGGUGGAAGAUAGGUGUGGCUGCACAGGGAAGAUAGGUGUGGCUGCACAGGGAAGAUAGGUGUGGCUGCACAGGGAAGAUAGGUGUGGCUGCACAGGGAAGAUAGGUGUGGCUGCACAGGGAAGAUAGGUGUGGCUGCACAGAGAAGCUUCCUCUACUAUGUGAGGUUAGAGAGGUAGAGAAGCUUCCUCUACUUGUGAGGUUAGAGAGGUAGAGAAGCUUCCUCUACUAUGUGAGGUUAGAGAGGUAGAGAAGCUUCCUCUACUAUGUGAGGUCAGAGAGGUAGAGAAGCUUCCUCUACUAUGUGAGGUUAGAGAGGUAGAGAAGCUUCCUCUACUAUGUGAGGUUAGAGAGGUAGAGAAGCUUCCUCUGCUAUGUGAGGUUAGAGAGGUAGAGAAGCUUCCUCUACUAUGUGAGGCCAGAGAGGUAGAGAAGCUUCCUCUACUAUGUGAGGUUAGAGCAGUAGAGAAGCUUCCUCUACUAUGUGAGGUUAGAGAGGUAGAGAAGCUUCCUCUACUAUGUGAGGUUAGAGAGGUAGAGAAGCUUUCUCUACUAUGUGAGGUUAGAGCGGUAGAGAAGCUUCCUCUACUAUGUGAGGUUAGAGAGGUAGAGAAGCUUCCUCUACUAUGUGCGGUUAGAGAGGUAGAGAAGCUUCCUCUACUAUGUGAGGUUAGAGAGGUAGAGAAGCUUCCUCUACUAUGUGAGGUUAGAGAGGUAGAGAAGCUUCCUCUACUAUGUGAGGUUAGAGCGGUAGAGAAGCUUCCUCUACUAUGUGAGGUUAGAGCGGUAGAGAAGCUUCCUCUACUAUGUGAGGUUAGAGCGGUAGAGAAGCUUCCUCUACUAUGUGAGGUUAGAGCGGUAGAGAAGCUUCCUCUACUAUGUGAGGUUAGAGAGGUAGAGAAGCUUCCUCUACUAUGUGAGGUUAGAGUGGUAGAGAAGCUUCCUCUACUAUGUGAGGUUAGAGAGGUAGAGAAGCUUCCUCUACUAUGUGAGGUUAGAGAGGUAGAGAAGGUUCCUCUACUAUGUGAGGUUAGAGAGGUAGAGAAGGUUCCUCUACUAUGUGAGGUUAGAGCGGUAGAGAAGGUUCCUCUACUUGUGAUUCCUUUGAAGAGGAAAUGGAUUGCCUGUAUUUUGCAGCUGUUCCAGUGUGUGUACAAACAAAGCUUUAUUACUGUCAUUGAAUUAUUCUGCUGGUACACCAACAAUACUGUUGGGUCUGUGUAUUUCCUGUCUUACUCCACAGUGUGUCUAUUUGUAAUUGUUAUGCAAUCUAAUGAAGCCAAAACAAGUUUUUUUUGCGCAAGACAUUUGUUGUUGAUGGGGUGUGAUAUUAGGCGUGACCUACUAUAAGAAUAAUGUUCUCUCAAUGUGCAAGACACAGCAUGUCACUCUUUUGUAUUCUUACAUGGAUGUAUAUUACCCAUAACCACAAUAAACACACCACAUAUCCUCUU